ACGAGGGCCAAGUACCUAUACUCAAGCAUGGAAAGGCGAUGCUCAGGAAAAUGCAACUGCAUUCGACCGUGAAAAUAUCGGCUACCGUAUCCUGCUGUCUAUAAACUAUUAAGCACCACCACCCAAGUGUUGUGUUUGAAUCUCAAAUGUACCCGAGCGGUGGCAGCGGUAGCACGUGCUUCAUACUGCGUCUACUAUGGACGACGAGGCGACAGAAGCCUUCAAGGAUCUGUACAGAGAAAUUGAUAAGCUGUACUAUCCAUCGGUAAAUGCGCCAAUUUCAAGAAUUGGCAUUUGCGGCGACAGUGUCCACGAUAAAAGUGAGUUUGUGUUUAGAGAUGAGGACGUUGAUGACCUUAUUGAGUACUCGAAAAAGUUCGUUGAAAAAACUAAAAACGAAAUUGGAUUAUCUGAGAUCGUACAUUCACAUGAACACGGUGUGCAAUGUGUGAGAAGUGAAAAGAAAAGCAAUAAGAAAGUGAACACGCCACCAAAAUGGAUUGGUGGCAAUACAACUAAGGAAUCAGCGGGGGCAAAUUGCGCCACCGCGAUUCAAAUCAUCAAAAAAGUUCCCAAAACGCAAACCAAAUUGGUAACUUUGAACAGCAGCAAGCCUUCGGAGAAAAAUCAACUGAAUAAUCAACGCCCUUCGGCUGAGAUGAAGAAGGUGAGGAAUGUUGGCGUGAAUAUCAAUUUCAUAAAACAAAAGACUGUCAACCGAACCAACAAUAAUGUGCUAAUUGCGGAGCCAAAUUCUUCGCGUACGCCACCGAUCAUCAAGAAGCCUGCUACUCCGAAAACUUCAGGAAAAAUCUACCGAUUCUACUCCAGCAAACUUAGUCCUUCCCAACUGUGGGAACAGCAGCACCCAGAGCUGUCGUACGAAAGUUCCGAACGAAGCAUCUUUCCCAAACGGAUAAAGAAAAGUGAUAUCAUUGCGGAGCAAAAACGGCCAGCGGAAAUUAGUCACAGCAAAGAGUUGAAAAUUGUACACCUAUCGGAAGGACUUUCAAGCUGCACAAUCAAUGAGAACGCAGAGCCCCCAGCACAACCCGUAGAGGAACAAAGAAACGAUCAAAAUGAGGAGGAAACAGUGAAUAAACCAACUAUAACGAAGCACGUGAUUCCAGUACUCAGUAUCAAAGGAGAUUGGAAAGCCAGCUUACAGGUUCAAGAAACAUGCAGGAUCAAUAUUUCGGAUGCGACUAGAAGUGUAGAUGGGCAACGCAAACCCAAUAACUUGAUGUACUUAGAAGUGAAACACGGCAGCAUGCAACUACCCAAACAAACCCAGAGUCCUCCAGAUGAUGAAAAAAUGGAUAACAUUAAAGUUGAUUCAAAAGAUGCUCACAAAACGCUUGAACCAACAACUGUUAUUGAAGAAAAUGAGCCGAUUGAUUCAAAUGUGAAUCGCUACUUACAACCGUUCCUCAAUAUACCCAAACCACUAACAAAUCCAAGCAAGAAAAGGUUUCAUGAAAUUUUAGUUUCUAGUUCAGAUGAUAGCCUGGAAGGAAUCAUACUGGAAUCAGAUUCGAGUGAUAGUGAUACCGCAGACGAUUUGCAAAGCUUGUUGAUUCUUCAGUCCACAAAAAAGCCCAUCGGUAAAGGCAAACAGGUAAAAAAUGUGUGUUCAAAAAAGUACGAUGAAGAAUUACCCCAGCGGUUGAAUGAAGCCGUUGCGAAAAAAUCCAUCAAACUGCAAGUACCUUCACCACCAUGCAUGCUAAUAAGUCCUCCAAAAACACCUCCAACGAAAUCUGUCGUUGAUGAUGACCCCACAAUCGAUACAUGCGCUGACAUGACGGGCCCUUCGAAAUUUAUUGAAAAUCUCCGUAUCUGGAAGUCGGCCAUUCAAGUACAAUCGGAGAACAUGAAGCUUGGAAAUCAGUUAACGGAAAAUUUAGACAUCCUAAAGCAGAAUAUGGAGGUAAUUGCCGGGGAAACGCAAAACAUCACACAAAUCACACGCAACUGUGAACAAAAUCUUAAGCAAAUCGAAACACUGAAAGAGCGUUUCACGAAAAAAAUGGACGGUACGGUUUUUAAGAGGAGUCCACCCGAUCAUCUUGAUCACUUGAAGCCGCUUUCAAAUGCUGAGUGCAGUUUUUUCAGUUGUCAUCCCGAGCUAGAUACAUUGGAUCGAGAACCAAGCUUCGACCAGAGGGCUUUCCAACGAGCGGUUUUAGAGCAGAAUCCAAGAUAUUCGAAGACAAUCCAGAAGAUUUGUGAAGAUGGACGGAAUCGAAGCUUCAAGAGAGCUCCCACUUCACUGCGAGGAGUUGCCGAACGUGCUGCCCAAAAGUUUCUCCAAUCAUGUAGCCGCUCUGUUAGCAGAUUCAGCUAUAGUAAUGUAGCUCCUUUAAUGGGUUCAUUCAGCAUGCGAUCACAUUCGCCUGGUUCAGUGGCCUCAUGGGAUGGAUCAAGCGGUUCCGAAAGUGCUGGCAGUACUGAUGGUAAUGUGAGUCUAAGCUCAAGUUGGAUGAUUGGCGAUACUCGUCAAAGUGAUGGGUAUUCCAGUUCUGCUUCAUUGAAAGCUGAUGAUUUGAGUAGGGAGAUAUGCAGCAUAUCGGACAAGUCAUCCGAUGGUUUCACGAGAAUUAGAAAAUCCCUAUCCGAUGAAGCCAUCGAAAACUACCUGAAGGAUGAGCCAGGAAAAGUGGUGACCUUAAAUGAAAUGAGUUCUCUAUUAGCCACGGCAUACCAUCGUGCUGCGAGGUCGGAAGUAGCGAUCAGUGGAUUUCGUAAGACCGGAAUAGUUCCGUUCAACCGAUUUACAUUUUCCGACAGCGAUUUCGUUCCAGCUACUGUUACGGACAUAGAACUCUCGGAUUUUAUGGAGAACAGUGUUAUAGAUCCAGAAGAAGCAACCGCUCUCAUCGAUCCCGGUGCCAGAUCGUCUUUCCCAGCACCCGCCAAUGCACCUUCGCCAGCACAGAUGGUGUCGUUAUUUGAGCGAUCUACGAAGUUUCCUAAGUUUUCCAUUACUGAUGACGAAAGUCCGUUUUACGGGUUCGGUCCAGAAGAAUACGUCACAUCUUUCUAA